CACUCUGACUUCAAUCUCAACCCAAGGUCUGGACGGUGGACAAUCGUGGGUUCGGAGUUACACAGUCGCUUCUGGAUUCCGUCGGGACGCUUUGGAGGAAUAUAAAAUUAAAGAUGAGAUAAAGGUUUUUAAUGCAACCAGUGGUCUCACAGUGAAGCAAUAUUUGUAUCCAUUUAUCAUUGCUCGGCAUAUUCGAAUAAAACCGAAGAUUUGCGCUGGAUCAUGUUCGUUGAGGGCGGAGUUUUAUGGUCGAUAUGAAGACCCUCCAAAUUCGAUACAUUUGGGAAUGGAAAGCGGUGCAAUUUUGGACAGUCAACUGACGUCUUCUAGUUUUGAAGAUUGGGAUCGCACCGCUGCAAAGGCUCGAUUGAAUGCCGCAAAAGCUUGGGUUAGACAUCGUACCGAUACUAAGCUUUGGGUGAAAGUAGAUUUUCUUGGUCGAAUAAAAUUAACCGGUGUUUUGACGCAAGGCAGAGGAAUAUACGGCCAUUGGGUUGCAAGCUUUACAAUGUCGACGAGUAACAACGAUGUGGACUAUCCAGUUUACAAGGAAUUUGGGCAAAUUAAGCUUUUUCAGGCGAACUAUGAUGACAAGACUGUCGUUGAGCAACGUUUAACGCGUACAGUUGUAGCCCGUUUUGUUCUUCUGACUUCUAAAACCUGGAAUGCGCUAUCUUCGAUGCGGAUUGAAUUCCAGGGCGAGUAUAUAGUAACGAAUUGGUUUGAUCCCGUGCCCUUGGGAAUGCAAAGUAGAAUGAUCGUUGAUUCGCAAAUCACAGCGUCUUCAUCAAAAUUUUUCCAAUCCGGAGCAUCGAAUGGCAGACUGAAUUUGACUACGGUAGACAACGUAAGAUAUGGAGGAUGGAUUGCGGCUGACUAUGACAGUGACCCUUGGCUUGAAGUUGACUUCAUCGCAAACAUCACUCUCACUUCAAUCUCGACCCAGGGUCUGGAUGGUGGACAAUCGUGGGUUCGGAGUUACACAGUCGCUUCUGGAUUCCGUCGGGACUCUUUGGAGGAAUAUAAAAUUAAAGAUGAGAUUAAGGUUUUUAAUGCAACCAGUGGUCUCACAGUGAAGCAAUAUUUGUAUCCAUUUAUCAUUGCUCGGCAUAUUCGAAUAAAACCGAAGAUUUGCGCUGGAUCAUGUUCGUUGAGGGCGGAGUUUUAUGGUCGAUAUGAAGGCGCUCUGAAUCCGGUAUAUUUGGGAAUGGAAAACGGCACAAUUUUGGACAGUCAGAUAACGGCUUCCAGUUCCGCUAAUUGGAAUCACAGGGCGGCACGUGCUCGACUGAAUAUGAAACCAACAAGCAAAGGUGAAGUUUGGGUGAGGCAUUCUUCUGAUCAUAAGCCCUGGGUUAAAGUAGAUUUCCUUGGUCCAACAAAAUUAAGCAGAAUUUUGACGCAAGGCAGAGGAGUAUCCGACAAUUGGGUUAGUGCGUUUACAAUGUGGACAAGCAAUAACGACGUCGAUUAUCAGAUUUACGAGGAAUUUGGACAAAUUAAGGUCUUUGAAGCAAACUAUGAUAGAAACACUAUCGUUGAGCAGCGCUUAACUCGUACUGUUGUUACACGUUUUGUUCGCCUUAAUGUUGAGCGGUGGGGCGGAGUACCUUCGAUGAGAAUUGAAUUUCAGGGCGAGUACAUAGUUACCGAUUGGUAUGACCCAAUUCCUCUUGGAAUGCAAAAUGGAAUGAUCUUGGAUUCGCAAAUAUCGGCGUCUUCGUCAAAAAGCACAAAGGCUGGCCCAUGGAAUGCCAGACUAAAUUUGACUACAGUAGAAAACGUGAACUUCGGAGGCUGGAUUGUAGCAGAGCAUGACAAGGACCCAUGGCUUCAAGUCGACUUUAUCGCCAACGUUACCGUCACUGCAAUAGCUACCCAAGGUUUGGACGGAGGACAACAAAAGACGUUGAACUACACGGUCUCUUUUGGAUUCGACAGAGAUUUUCUUCAAAAUUAUACCGUGAAAGGACAGAUAAAGAUAUUCCCAGCAGUCCAUGCCGAUGGUUCAUUGAUGAAGCAAGAUUUGUGGCCCCAUAUCACAGCCCGUUUUGUCCGUAUCAAACCAAAACACUGCAUUGAGUUGUGCGCCCUCAGAAUUGAAGUUUAUGGCCGUUAUGAAGACUCCAUGCACUCUCAUGCUUUGGGAAUGGAGAGCAGGAAGAUAAUAGAUAGCCAAGUUUCAGCAUCAUCAAUGCAUGGUUUUGCAUACCGACCUCAGCUGGCUAGAUUGAAUAUUCAGGAGAUACCGGGUGUACUUGCUGGAGGGUGGUGUCCUCGUGAUCACGACACAAAUCCAUGGUUUCAAGUUGAUUUUCUCGUACCUACCAUGGUCGAUCGAGUCGAUACUCAAUGUCGGUCGUAUCGGCAUUAUUGUUGUAAAACGUUCACACUUUCUACAAGUAGUAAUGGCGAAAAAUUCAAUAUGUAUAAAGAAUUCAAUCAUGUCAAGAUAUUUGAAGGAAAUUAUAUACGCGCAGCAAGAAGUGUUGAGCAACGUUUAACACACCCAAUUUUUACUCGAUUCAUUCGCAUAAAUUUCAAAGAGAAAUCAGGGCUUGGAUAUGGACUGAGAUUGGAACUCAUUGGCAACUACAAGGAUACCAAUUGGUUUAACCCGGUUCCGCUUGGAAUGAAAAGUAGAUUGAUUUUGGACACUCAAAUCAUCGCGUCUUCUUCAAACGGUACAAUCGCUGGAGCAUGGAAUGGAAGACUUGAUCUUACUACGAUAGACAACGUCAGAUAUGGAGGAUGGAUUGCGGCAGAUUAUGACAAUGACCCUUGGCUUGAAGUUGACUUCAUCUCGAAUGUAACAGUCACUGCAAUUUCAAUCCAAGGUUUGGAAGGUGGUCAGCACUGGGUCAAAUCCUUUACUGUGAACUUUGGGUAUAAAAAGGAUAUUCAAGAAAGCUACAAAGUUAACGGAAAUCCCAAGGUAUUCUCAGCAAACUACGACAGUAAUUCCACCACAUGGCUCGACAUAUUCCCGCAUAUUAACGCUCGUUUCAUAAGGGUAAAGCCAAAAGAUUGUCAUGGAUUUUGUGCUUUGAGAGUGGAGCUUCACGGUCGCUAUGAAGACUGCAAUGACCCUCAGCGGCUCGGCAUUGCGGAUCACAAAAUACUCGACAGCCAAAUGACAGCAUCGUCGUAUGAAAGUCAUGAAACGUGGGCUUCUCUAGGCAAACUUUAUACAGUUAGAAUAAAGGGAAAAAAUUUGGGAGGCUGGGUGAUGCAUAAUUAUGAUGUAAACCCGUGGAUACAAGUUGAUUUUUUGAAAAACACCAAAAUCACGCAUAUGCUGAGCAGAGGUCGACAGGAUUACAGCCAAUGGGUAACAGCCUUCACAAUUUCUUAUUCUAAUGACGAGAUAAGUUUUUCUGACUACAUGGAAAAUGGUCUUAAAAGGGUAUUUAUCGCCAACUUCGACAGAGUUACGACUGUGAAACAACAUCUUGUGAAUGAAAUCUUUGCUCGAUAUGUGCGUGUCUACUGUACGAAGAAUCAUGAUAAGGCCGCGAUUAGGAUUGAAUUUCUUGGUUGUUCUUGCGAUUCGACUUGGCGCCACUCUGACGCUCUCGGUAUGGAAAAUUUGUCUAUUUUGGAUUCCCAACUGACAGCGUCAUCCAGUCAAUACUACAACGCAACAGCAUCGAAUGCACGACUCAAUUUAAAGACAAAUCCUUCCUCCUAUGGAGCGUGGAUCGCAGCAGAGAACGACAACAAUCCAUGGCUUCAAGUUGACUUCAUCACAAACGUUACCAUCACAGCAAUAGCUACACAAGGUCUGGAUGGUGGACAACACUGGGUGAAGGAAUACUCGAUUGGUUUUGGUCCAGAUAAUAUUCUCUUUACGAACUACGAGGAAGACGGAAAAACUAAAAUAUUCCCAGCUAACUUUGACAGCCGUUCUACCAAACGCCAUGACAUUUAUCCAAAUAUCCUUGCUCGCUUUAUUCGAGUCACCGCCACGGCAUGCGCUGGAUACUGCGCUCUGAGAGUGGAAUUUUACGGCCGUUACGAAGCGUGUGAAAUCAAGAGUUAUUUAGGAAUGGCAAAUCAUGAGAUAUUGGACAGCCAAAUAACAGCCUCUUCCGUUUACGGGAACGACAUUACUGCUCAUCGUGCUUCUUUAGCAAGAAUAAAUCUUACUCAAGUAAUCGGCACACAUUACGGAGCUUGGGCUCAGCACGCGGAUCAAAAUCCCUGGCUUCAAGUGGAUUUCUUGGUGAAGCGUAUUAUUUGCGCCGUGCUAACGCAAGGCCGUCAAGAUUCCUUUCAAUUUGUGAAAACUUACAUAAUGCAUGAGAGCAGCGAUGGUUUGAACUUCGUGGAAUACAAGGAUCGUGGCGCGGGAAAGGUAUUUCAAGCCAACUUUGACAUGAGUACUAUAGUUCGCCAACGUCUUCAGCGAGUCAUUUUCGCCCGUUUUGUUCGAAUUUAUCCAAAGACGUGGCACAUCCAUCUUUCUAUGCGAAUCGAAUUCGAAGGCUGCCGAAAAGCCGUAGAUGAUUGGUUUAAUCCCGUCGCACUGGGCAUAGAGAAUGGCUUGAUCUCCGCGCUGCAGUUGACCGCGUCCUCGGCCCAAAAUUCCUUGUCUGGUGCCAAAAAUUCACGCCUCAACUUGAAUACGAAUCCUGAGAGACAUGGAGGCUGGAUUGCGGCCGAAAAUGAUGUCAACCCCUGGCUUCAAGUCGACUUCUUUACAAACGCCACUGUCACAAGAAUCGACACGCAGGGCUCCGCCAGCAGCAAAAGUCGCGUGACAAGUUAUGCGGCAUCUCUCAGCACGGAUGGACUCAGCUUUCAGGAGUACAAACAAUAUGAUAAAGUUAAGGUGUUCUUGGCGAACUAUGAGGAAAACUCCACAGUAAGACAAGACGUUGUUCCGUCGUUCACCACACGUGUGCUACGAAUCAUCCCAAAAUCCUGGAUUGGUAAUUGUUCAUUACGGAUUGAAGUAUAUGGCCGGUAUGAAGGUUGCAGAGAAGUUAAAGAUCUAGGUGUAGAAAAUAACAAGAUCUUAGAUAGCCAAUUCUCUGCAUCCAGUGAGGCUAGGUAUGGGUUGAGACCAGCUGCAGCUAGAUUGAACCUAGAUGCACUUCCACUGAACGUACGCGAGGGAAUUUUGAAAUCGUGGCUAAAUAAAACGCGACCAUCUGAGAUUGCAAAGCGAUUAAAACUACCGUUACGAACGGUUUUAAAUAUUACAGAAAGGUUUAUCGACAACGAUGGGAAUGUUCAACCAACUGAGCCAGGACAGAGAUUCAGAACUGCUCGAACAGAUGACGUUGUAGCAUUAAUUUUAAAGAGGAUGCUAAAACGGUUAAACCAAGUGUUCUCUGCGAAUAAAGACAGACAUUCCGUUGUGACACAAUUUAUGUUUCCGCCAUUGUAUGGUCGUUUUGUUCGUGUUGAGCCUAAGACCUGGAAUGGAAAAUGCUCGAUUAGAUUAGAGUUUCUCGGGUGUCAUGAAGAUUGUUCCUCUCCAGAGCCUCUUGGCAUGGAAAACAAAACGAUCAGGGACGAUCAAAUUGACGCGUCAUCAAGAUGCAUUCAUCCUAAUGUGCUCGGAAUGGAAAACGGACAGAUACGUGAUCAUCAAAUCAGUUCUUCGUCUGAGAAAUCCGCCUCCGUUUCAGCGAGUAAAGCUCGAUUGAAUAAACACGGCGCGUGGAAGCCUUCGCCGGAUGACGGGAACAAGUAUCUGAGAGUAGACUUCUUAUACCGCACCAUUGUCGUCAGCGUUACCACACAAGGCUUCGUCGAUGCAUGGGCAAGCGAUUAUUCUCUUGCUUACAAAGAAAAUUUUACAUCCUUCAAGACAUACAACGAGGAUAGAGUUAAAAGGGUAGGUUAUUAG